AAAAAGAAGGAAGCAGAGGAGAAACAAAUAAAUGGCGAGAAAAAUAAAAAGGAAAGAGAAAAUCAGAAAUCAAAGAAUGAGGAAAAUGAAAGGAAGGAAAAAGAUGAGAAAGAGAGACAGAAAAAUGAGGAAGAAAUUAGGAAAGAAGGAGAGAAAAGGGACAAAAAUGAGAAAGAAAGCAGGAAAAAGGAGGAAAACCAAAAAGAGGGGGGGAACAAGAAUAAGAAUGAGAAAGACAAAGAAAGUAGGAAAAAGGACGAAAAACUAAAAGAGUGUGAAAACAAGGAUAAGAAUGAGAAAGACAAAGAAAGUAAGAAAAAGAAGGAAAAAUAGAAAGAAGAUACGAAAAGAAAGAAAGAUGAACAUAAGAAAACUGAUAAAGAGAAGGUACUUAAGAACUCGUAUAGAGAAAUUGAAAUAAAAGAGGAUGAAGAGAUGAUUGACAUUGAGAAAGUUCAGGAACUGAAAGAAAAUAGAAGAAACAGAAACAGAAAACUACUAUGUGAAAAGAUUGACAAAGAUUUUCUAGAAAAUGUUGGAUAUGAAUAUGAAAUUAUAACAAUUAUCAAGAAAUAUAAAAUAGAAAACAGAUGUUAAAGGAAAACUGAUGUGAUAACUAAUACAGAAAACAGAUUGCUGGAGAUCAAGAUGACUAAAGGAUUAACAUAACAUUAACAUUUACUAAUAGGAUAUCUUAAACAUUAACUAUUUUAAUUUUGGUACAAGUACAUUGUGUAUUUAUAAACAUCACAAUUAUAGACACUUU